AAGAUUACACUUUCUCCUUUUAGACUUCACCACUCUGUGUCAGUCCCCUCUCUGUUCUUACAGAACCCCGUCAGAUAGAGCUGAAGCCUUUCUGCUCCGUGGUUUGAAUAUUCAAAGCGACAUGAGAAGAAAUGCAGUAAAGAUAAGACACACUCUCUCUCUCUCGCUCAGCACUAUGAGGUCGUGGCUGCUGCUGUUGCUGUCCCUGCUCGUCUCUGACCCGAGUCCCCUCAGAGACGGGGACGGGGUCAUGGAAAACUGGAGUUUAUGCGGAAAUCUGCUCCUCUGUGGACGGGUGACUCCCACAGGAGCGAGGAUACUUCAAACUGAAAACUGCUCUGUGUGUGUCCAGAGGAAGUGUGUGUUUGUCUCUGUGCGGCACAAACAGAGGACGUCCCCCCUUCACCCCGUUCACUCAGAGGACGAUGGACGCAGUCUGUCUCUUCAGGAACUAACGGGAAUCCACAGGAGUCACAUUCCAGCACCGGUUGUUUCUCUUCUGUGUGGAAGGAGGAAGAGUGUCCCUACUUUGCACAAGCUGCGUGUAAUCUCUGGUGAGGAAGCGGGUCGUAUUCUGAUGAGGACGAUAAAAGAUCUCCCGUUUUCAGGGUCUGCAUGGUUUCUGCAUCAUCUCUCCGGCGCCUCGGGCUGCAAUUUCCAGGCUUCCUUAUUACAGAAAUCCAAGAGCUGGAGCCCCGCCAUCGUUGUUUGGCUGAAGAAAGUGCUGACAGAGAAAUACGGCGCUGCUGAAACCGAGCUUAUUUCCCGCUGUUUUAAAGAGAGUGAAGUAAAACAAGCGCCGUCCAUCAGAAAAACCUCCAAGAAACAUAAACUGAAAGGACAAAUAAGACAAAAAGAGAGCGUGAUGGGCUCAAAAGUAGUCGUGGAGCGUGAUUCAGCGCCGCCUUCAAAAGCUUUUGUCAAUCAAUACGAGGCUUUCAAAGCGGCUUCUCUGCACCCUUCAGAUAAAUCUCAGUUACAGAGGCAGAGAAAAGCAGCCACACUUAUAAAGAAAAACGACUAUUUGAACUUCUUGUUUCAAAACACUGUUCAGAGGGAGCAAUCUUUAAAAGCAUCGGGUGUGUAUGAUGAUGAUGAUGAUGAUGAUGAUGAUGAUGAUGAUGAUGAUGAUGGAUUUUAUGUUAAGAGAAAAGUCUUGUUGGUACCCGGAGAGGAGCCAGAAUCCAUAAAUAAACCGCGGUAUAAAACAAGGGCCACUCUUGAUGAUAAUAAAGAGGAUUUCAGUGGGAGGAUAAUCACAAAACAAGCCGAGCCGCGGCGCCCGGAGGGAGAGAGUGCAACAGAGCGAUCACACACACAUAUUGAAAAAGCAAAGCGGGAAAGAUUAGCAUGCACGCUACAAGUAGGAUUUACAGAUAAAACCGAUAAUAAUGAUGACAAACAAAUGCUUAGUGAGGUGGGAGAUGAUAUUUUAAUCAUGUUUUUCCUCGCAGACGCAGAGAGGGAGACGCAAACGCAAGGAAAAGUUAUUCUAGAUUCAGACAUUAAAUGGAAAACAGUAAAUAUACCCAUAAAAGAGCCGGAUGACCCCCCACCCUUAGAUAAAGUUACAGAGGAAAACUUUAUCAUCCAAGCACAUAACUCCAAAUGUAAACACCUGAAAGAAAUGCCUUUUUUAUUAGGAAUUUAUGCAGCGAGCGGGGAUGUAAAAGCAGAAAAAGUGACUACAAAGUCUGCAGAAACUGAGAAGCGGGUCAAAGCGAUGACAGAGAGAAUAGAGCAGAGUGAGACAAACAACACGACUCGUUGGAAUACGAGCAUAAAUCAUAGAAAACAAGACGCACCAUCAGAGGAAUCAGUCAUCCCCUCACCUCCCUCAAUCAAAAUGACGGAGCUGGAAGCUGCGAAAACAGAGACAACCGCGGUAAACAUGGAGAUAAAACAGACGACGCCGAGCGGAAACGCAUUCAAUCAAUGCAGCACGACCACGACCACAACGAGUCCGGACUCUGAGACUGACACCGAGACGAGAUUUAUGAGAGUCAGAACGACUCGGGAUGCACGAGAGACGACGACAGGAGGAAAGGCGUUCUCGGGCCUCAGGAUGAGAGAUGACUUCUCGGUCAAACUUCAUAAGAGCAAAGAGAGAGGAGGAGGAGGAGCUAAGACGAAGAGGCCGCAAAGUGACAGGAAAGACUCAGAGGAGAACUCGCUCACCUCUGCAGAGCCUCCAAAGACGUCCUGCAAACAAAGUACGGAAAAGCCUCUGAAAGUAAGUCAAGUGCUACACUAA